ACACUCGUUUCACAUUCAUUUCAAUUCCACACCCAAAUACCAUCAUGUACGCUAGCAACAUCGUCCUCUUCGCCAUUGGCGCCCUGACCGCCUCCGCAAGCCCUCUGCUUCAGCAGCGCUCGUCCUACACCGCUUGCCCCUCCGGCAUGUACGAGAACCUGCAGUGCUGCAAGACCAACGUCGUUGGAAUUGCCGCCUUGCAAUGCAAGGCUCCUUCCAAGGAGCCCGCCAGCCUGGACGAGUUCAAGAGCCUCUGCGGCGCCCCUGCAGUUUCAGCUCUGUGCUGCACGGUUCCUAUUGCCGGUCAGGAUGUUAUUUGUAUGGACCCUCUCCCUGAUAUGUCCGCCAUGUCGUCCAUGGGAGGAUCAGGCUCAUCCGGCUCAUCCGGUAUGCCCUCCAUGGGAUCUGGUUCCACUGGCUCCACUGGUCUGCCCUCCACCCGCUAGAGCGUCUUUGUCAAGGGCCGUUGCUUCGUUUAUACAAUCCAGAGUAUCAUUCAAAGCCCGGCGUUUUUGAUUACGACUGAAGUUGACAUUGCCCUGGGAUAACGGGUUCGGAAAUUAUACCAGGAAUAUGAAUAAACAUUUUAGAUAAUGUUAAUUGUAU